AUUCUCUCUCUAGGAUUCCUCACUCCUCGCCCUCAGCAAUCAAUUGUUACUGUACUUCGAAGCUGACGCUGCUUCGUUGUGGGGACUCCAAAGCUCUCUCUCACUCUCUCUCUGCAACUUCCAAUGGCGACCGAAGAGGUUAGCAAACCUCAAUCGCUUCCUCCAUACCCAGAGAUGAUUUUUGCAGCUCUGGACUCUUUGGAUGAGAAGGAAGGCUCCAACAAAUCAUCCAUAUCGAAGUACAUCGAAUCCAAGUAUGGAGAUUUGCCAGCUGGGCACUCGACCCUGCUCUCGCACCAUUUGAACAAAAUGAAGGACAGUGGAGAGCUGAUCUUCCUGAAGAACAACUACAUGAGGCCUGACCCUACUGCUCCGCCGAGGCGGGGCCGAGGCCGGCCACGGAAGGACCCAAAUGCUCCCCCUGCACCCAAGAAGCAUCGGGCUGCUGAACCUGCAGCUGCGCCGGCAGUGUCAAAGACCGGGAGGCCUAGGGGUCGACCUCGUAAGGUGAAGCCUGAAAUGGCACAAACUGGUGUGGAAGGAAACUAAAUUAGACCUACCUUGUAGUGGUAUUGCCUUGAUCUUUCUGUCUCUAGAAUUGAUUCACUCUUUCUUUGGUUUCUCUUAAGUUGGGUGUUGUGACAUUGUCAUGGGAUUGUGUGCAAUUGCAUGUAAAUUAUGCUGUAGCUGUUCUAAUACUACCAGAUGAGAGAUUAAUGCUUAUUAUGUGGUGUUGUUCUUUUUGUUGCGUCA